UCUCUUCUAGAAAUAAACCCUUGUUUCUAAUUCGCUUCUCUGCCGCUUUCAAGUAAACUUCUCCAUUCUCCAACCCAAUCAAAUCCAUCCGAUUUGUGUAAUCUCCAUUUUCGGAUAUAAAACCUACAUACUUGUGCGGAGAUUCACAUCAAGUAAGAACCCUAGGCGGCUUCAAUCGUUCCGAAUAUGGGAGAUUUCAACGAUGCCUUCAUGCGGAACAACCCUAAUGUCCAGGCCCGUGCAAAGGCUCAGAAUCGCGCUAAUGUUAUGCAACUCAAGCUGAUUGGUCAAAGUCAUCCAACUGGGUUGACGGCUAAUCUUCUGAAGCUGUUUGAGCCCCGACCGCCUUUGGAGUACAAACCACCUCCGGAGAAGAGAAAAUGCCCUUCAUAUACAGGGAUGGCACAAUUUGUUGGUAACUUUGCUCAGCCUGGUGAUCCAGAAUAUGCUCCACCGGUCCCUGAGGUUGAGACCCCGGCUCAACGAAAAGCUAGGAUCCACAAGAUACGGCUGGAGGAAGGUGCUAAAAAGGCUGCUGAGGAGCUUGAGAAAUAUGAUCCUAGCAGCGACCCAAAUGUUACUGGAGAUCCAUACAAGACACUCUUUGUUGCUAGACUUAAUUAUGAGACAACAGAAAGCAGAGUUAAACGUGAAUUUGAGGCUUUUGGUCCAAUCAAGCGGGUUCGUUUGGUUAUGGACAAUACAAACAAUAAACCCAGGGGUUAUGCUUUCAUUGAGUAUGUGCAUACACGGGAUAUGAAAGCUGCAUAUAAACAAGCUGAUGGAAAGAAGAUUGAUAAUAGAAGAGUUCUGGUUGAUGUUGAACGUGGGAGAACAGUCCCCAAUUGGCGUCCCCGUAGACUUGGCGGUGGACUUGGAACAACAAGAGUUGGAACUGAAGAUGUUAAUAGAGAGGUAGUUCAGAUUGGAAGGGCGGCAUCUCGCUCCGUAGAACCAAGAGUACGAGAUGACAGAGAAAGGGAUCGGGAGAAGUCCCGUGAUAGGGUGCGAGAUAGAGAGAGAGAAAAAUCUCGUGAACGUUCACAUGAUAGGCCAAGGGAACGUGACAGAGAUGACAAACAUCAUAGAGAACGCGAGAGAACUAGGGAUAGAGAAAGAGAUCGUGGACGAGACCGCGAUCGAGAUCGUGAACGUGACAGGACACGUGACCGCGAACGGGGCAAAGAUAGGGACCGUGAGCGAGAUCGCCACCGUGAGAGGGAUAGGGAAAGGGGUAAGGACUAUGAAGGUGAGGUGGACCAGGGUCGUGGGCGUUCUCGUGAUAUAGAAUAUGAUUAUGAGCAUGGUGAAUCAAAACAUGAGCGGGAAAGGCAUGGUGACAGAGAAAGGAACUAUGAUCAUGCAGAACCUGAAGAUGAUCAUGGACGUUAUGACCAUUAUGAUCAUCAUCAAGGUCGAGGAGACUAUGAGAAUCCGGAUGCUCAAGCUGGUGAUGAUCGCUAUAAAGAUGCUAGUCGUGGUGAUGAUCGGUAUGAUCAAAUGGAGGAGGAUAAUUAUGCUUAUGACCACGGGGCAUCUGAGGCAAAAGAAAAGGACCGGGAUCAUAGACGUUCAGAUAGGUCACAUUCUCGUGAAUAUGACUAUUGAUGAUGAAGGGUAUGCUUCUGCUUGUGUUGCUCUGGAAGACAUGGCCUACUGACACCUCAGGGAAGUGCAAUUUUCUAUCGGAAUUCCUGCUUGCUGCUAGUGCGGGAAUGGUGAAACAUUAGAUGAUGGUUUACUAGCAUCGGUCCAUGUAAUGGAAUUUUGUUAUCUGUUUUUGGAAUUGUGUGGUAUUUACUUCAUGUAUUCAGUUUCUAUGUGAACUAGUUAAAUGCGAAUUAUUUGGAAUCUGUGAAAUGUGAUAGUUCUGGGUGCUUGCAUGUCGAACGUA